CGAAAAAAAGAGAGAGAAAAAAAAACAGAAUAGAAAUGUCAAUUUUGAACGACACAAUUAAAUAACAAAAAAAAGGGGAGUCACAAAAGACGACGAAAGCUAUAAAUUAUAAAAAUAAAGAAAAACUAAAUAAGUCGCAAUUGGAUUUGUUAAAAGUGAUAUGACUCAAGCAUGUUUCCACAUUUAUACGGAUUUCGCGUGAAUAUUUCACUGUUUCAAGAGGCGGCAAGCAAAGAAUUAUUAGAAAUACUUGACAAAUGCGAAGGAACAAAGGCCAUUGUAUGGGAUGAUUCAUUGUCUGGACCGGUUGGAUUGGUGACAAAAUAUGCAUUUCUCAAAGAAAGAAAUGUUACGAAAAUGCUACCAUUGCGACCCGGCGCUUUGCCCGAUGUCGACGUUCGAAAUGUCAUCUUUAUCACCAGACCUAAUUUGAAGCUGAUGAAUUAUAUCGCUGAAAAUGUGCACAGCAUCGAUAAGAGGCAAAAAAGCGGUUCAAGUAAAGAAUUAUUUUUAUACUUUUUACCCAGAGUGUCAACACUGUGCGAAACACAAUUGAAGAACAAAGGCGUUUAUGGUAGUUUUUCACAUGUUGGCGAAUUCAAUUGCGAUUUCUUUCCCGUCGAUAAUGACUUACUUUCGAUGGAAUUGAAAGACACCUUUCGUGAGUUAUACAUCGAAGAUGAUCCAACGGCUAUUUUUCUAUCGGCCAAGGCCCUGAUUUCGUUGCAACAGUUGUAUGGUCGCAUUCCAAAGAUUAACGGCAAAGGAAAUGAUGCAAAGAAAUUGUGGGAUCUACUGAAAAUCAUGGGGCAAGAAGAACUCACAUCGAAUGCAAUGGGAAAGGGGGCAAUAGAUCAACUGUUUAUUGUGGAUCGUUCGGUUGACGUAAUGAGCGCAUUGGCCACUCAGCUUACGUACGAAGGCCUCAUUGAUGAAUACUAUGGCAUCAAUCAAUCAACUGCACAUUUUCCAUCUGAUCGAUUUUCAUCGUCGGACGAAAGUGGUUUACAAGGUUCCGUAUCCGAUAAAAAGACGAUCAUUUUAAAUUCGAGCGAAGAGCUGUACACGGAACUAAGAGAUAAAAAUUUCAAUGCCAUUGGACAGAUUCUGUCACGACGUGCCAAUGAAAUCAGCAAACAAUUGGAUGAACGUCACAACGAUAAAUCGGUACAGGAUAUAAAGCGAUUUGUUGAACGAUUGCCAAAUAUGAUGGCCUAUAAAAAGUCAUUAACAACGCACACAACAAUCGCCGAACUACUGAAAGAAGUCACAUCGUCAGAUGAAUUUUUGGAUGAACUGGAAUGUGAACAGGAAUUUUUGGUUUGUUCAGAUGUCGACAAAGUAAAUCCAUUCAUUGAAGAUUUGAUUGCUAAUCAAGCGCCAUUUAAAACGGUUAUACGAUUGAUUUGUAUGCAAAGUAUUGGCGGAUCGGGUUUGAAACAAAAAGUUCUCGAUUAUUACAAAAGGGAAUUGAUCCAAGUUUACGGAAUCGAGAAGCUACUUGCAAUUAGCAAUUUAGAAAAGGCUGGAUUGCUAAAAGUUCAAUCUGGAAGCCGAACAUAUGCUGUUGUACGGAAGACUCUCAAACUAACCGUUGAAGAUACAAAUGAAGUGACACCAAACGAUAUAAGCUACGUGCACACAUUCUAUGCUCCUUUGACCAUUCGAAUCGUUGAACGCGCACUUAAGCCGAACGGUUGGCAGUCGUUGAGUGAUGUGUUAUCAUGUUUACCGGGACCAGCAUUUGAAGACUAUCAAUCAAAUGGUCAAUCAGCACUGUCUACAACGCGUCGUGGGUCGUUCAGUAGUGAAAUGUCCCAAUCUGACACGCCCAAAGUGAUAUUGGUAUUCUUUCUCGGCGGUUGCACUUUCGCCGAAAUAUCUGCACUUCGAUUUUUAUCGCGACAGGAAGAUAAUAACGUCGAAUUUGUGAUUGCAACGACCAAAUUAAUCAAUAAAAAUACAUUUUUAGAUAGUUUAAUCGAAUAAUACUAAGAUCGAAUCAAUCAUUCAUUCCUUUACUGUUCAAUUGUUUUAUUAAAUAUAUAGUAAUUCAAUUUACAUUCGACAAUUGUCAAUGCUGCAUUUAAUGCUAACGCUAACUAAUUGUUUUCAAAAUCAAAUGUUACUACAUGAUUAUAUCGCUUUCUGAAA